AUGAAAACCGACCUGGAGCUGGCGCUGGAAUGCGCCAUCAACGUCUACCACCGGUACGCGGCGCGGCGCCCCAUCGACGACUACCUGAGCAAGAACGAGUUCUCCAAGCUGCUCAAGGACACGGCCGAGCCUUUCCUCCGGAACACGGCGCCGCCCAACACGAGCACCGACACCUACAUCAGCCAGCUCUUCGCCAAAGCCGACGCCAACCACGACGGCCGCCUCAAGUUCACCGAGUUCCUGACCACGCUGAGCCUCGUGGCCAUCGAUGCCCACAACAGGUCCCACGAGGGCCCUGGUGCUGGCCACGGCCACGGCCACGGCCACGGCCACGGCCACGGCCACGGCCACGGCCACGGCCAUGGACACCAUCACUGAAACCUCUCCCACGCCGGCUGAGCCACGGGACUCUGCGUGGAGCCUCAGCC